AUGACUGUCGAACCUUACCAGUUGACGGCAACUGAAGCGCUGCAUCAGAUCAAGGCUGGCGAUCUGACAGUGGAGGCAUAUGCAAAAUCGCUCCUCAGUCGCAUUCAUGAUCGCGAUGAAGUCGUUCAAGCAUGGGCAUAUCUCGAUCAGGACUACGUGAUCAAACAAGCAAAAGCACUAGAUGCUCUUCCGCCAUCUGAACGUGGUCCCCUACAUGGCAUAGCAAUAGCUGUAAAAGAUGUCAUCUAUACCAAAGACAUGCCAACCCAGUUCAACUCGCCCAUCUAUGUCAAUGAUGCUCCUCAGGUGGACGCUGGCUCCAUCGCCAUACUCCGAAAAUCCGGCGCUCUAAUCUUCGGCAAAACGACGACUACAGAGUUUGCUGCCACCACUGUUGGGUCCAAGACACGCAAUCCACAUGAUCCAAACCGUACUCCUGGUGGCUCAUCUUCAGGCUCUGGAGCAGCUGUUGGAGAUCUACAGGUUCCCAUCGGUUUGGGCACACAGACCGGUGGCAGCACAAUCCGACCAGGUUCUUACAAUGGUAUCUAUGCUUUUAAGCCGACAUGGAACUCAAUCACUCGCGAAGGUCAAAAGAUUUACUCGCUCAUCCUUGACACCCUCGGGCUUUAUGCUCGCAGUGUUGCAGACCUCGAUCUCCUUGCAGACGUCUUUGCCCUAGCAGAUGACGAACCAGCCCCUUCCAGUUUUCAAGUCAAAGGCUCAAAGUUCGCCAUCCUAAAAUCCAUGGUCUGGCCACAGAUCGGUGCCGGAGGCUCUGCAGCGGUGGCAAAGGCUGUAUCCCUUCUCCGUGCUCACGACGCCGAAGUCGAAGAGAUCGAGUUUCCUGAACAUCUCAAUGACCUUCCUGCUUGGCAUGCCACGGUACUCAAUGCGGAUGGCCGCACGGCAUUUUUACCAGAGUAUACGACCACGAAACACAAUCUGUCAGAUUACCUCGUGGGCCAUGUGGAGAAUGAUACGAAAAUAUCCCGUAAAGCGCAGUUGGACGCGUUCGACAAUAUCGCUGCUGCAAGACCAGUGGUAGAUGGUAUUCUCAGCAAGUACGCGGCAGUGCUCACACCUAGUGUGCCUGACGAAGCGCCACUAGGAAUUGAAAAGACAGGUAGCGCGGCUUUUUGCUUGAUCUGGACUGCAUUGCACACUCCAGUGGUCAAUAUUCCAGGCUUUAAGGGCGGCAAUGGUUUGCCGAUCGGUGUAUCUCUCGUUGCGCCCCGCUACCAUGAUCGAAGACUGUUAGCUGUCAGCAAGGCAGUCGGUGAGAUAUUCGAGGAAGAAGGUGGUUGGAAGCGGGAGUUCAAGUAA